AUGACGGCUGAUGCGGAAAGGACCGUUGGAACAGGGGAAAUAUAUGUGCCAAUGGAGACGGAAAUGGUACCGCCGAAUCUAUCGAAUGACUCCCUAUCACAGAGCGGGGGUGGCUCCCCUAUAGAUGGCACCAUGGAUUAUGCACUCUCUGCUUACAGAUUCCGUCGAGUUGCGUCGAAAACGAUCAUGUCAUUCCAUUCUAUGGAUCCAGCAAACCCAUUCAACUGGAGCAAAAACGAGAAGAGAUUCGUUUUUGCUGGGGGAAUGGCUACUGUCCUGAAUAGUACUCUCUGUUCUUCUCUUCCCAGCGGUGCGAUGCCAUAUAUUGCCAAGGAGUUCAACAUAACAAGCCAGGAGCAACUCGUUCUCCCCAUAUCCUUAUUUCUUGUUGGCUAUGUCUUUGGCCCAAUCGUUUGUGGACCCAUGUCAGAAUCUUACAGAAGGAAAACUGUGAUGGUAAUCCCAUUCUUCUUCUUUAUGGUUUUCACAUUGGGCUGUGCGCUAUGUCAAAAUUGGGCGUCUCUGUUGGUGUUCAGAUUGAUUUUGGGUGCUGCGGCAUCUGCCCCUCUUGCUAUUGUUGGUGGCCUAUUUGCCGAUAUCCACAACGAUCCAAGAGAGCGGGGUCAGGUCAUGGCGUACUUUAUGGCUGUGACUACCGUUGGUCCGCUUGUCGGCCCCUGGCUGUCCGGUUUUACAGCUCCAAUAAGUUGGAGAUGGCCGUUUUGGAUAGCACUUAUGAUCGCAGGUGUUUCUGCUCCACUGUGCUUUUUUAUGCCUGAAACAUACGCCCCUAUUCUCCUGAAGCGGAGAGCUCGAGCUUUACGCAAGAGCACAGGCAACCCCCAUAUUGUCGCCCCUCUUGAUAUCCAGAAGCAAGGGAUAAAGGUUAUACUCACCGUCACGCUAACCCGUCCACUUCGUAUGAUGUUUCAGGAGUCAAUCGUACUUUUUACUUGCUUAUAUCUAGCAAUAGUCUAUGCUAUAUUUUUCAUCUACUUUCAAGCAUAUCCAGUUAUCUUUCAAGGUAUAUAUGGCAUGAGUACUGGUGUUAGCGGACUAAUGUAUCUACCUAUCGCCCUUGGUGCAGUUCUAUCUUGUGCGGUGUUUAACUGGUGGGAUUCCUAUCUCUACAAGGCCAAGUUUAGGGGCAAAAGUUGGGCAAAUAUUGAGGAGUAUAGACGUCUCCCGCUUGCCUGUAUUGGUGGGCCGCUAUAUGUCAUUGCUUUAUUCUGGCUGGGCUGGACAGCCAUACCCAACAUCCACUGGGCGGUCCCCAUGUUAUCCGGGAUACCAUUUGGGGCAGGCUACUUGCUAAUUUUCAUGGCAAUGCUAAACUACCUAGCCGAUGCGUAUGAGACGUUUUCAGCAAGUGCUCAGUCCGCAGCCAGUUGCUGCCGCAGCAUCUUUGCGGUUUGCCUCCCCAUUUCCACAACCCCAAUGUUCAACCGCUUGGGCGUAAGUUGGUCAUGCAGCAUGCUGGGAUUCUUCAGCCUAGCGAUGUCGUUUAUUCCAUUCGCAUUCAUCCGGUAUGGUGAGCACAUCAGACGGAAUAGCAAAUUCUGUCAAUACCUGCAUGAGCAGAAAGAAGCUGAGCGGAUCGCCGAACAGGAGGAGGACAGGAUGCAUCAUAGGACUGGAGUCGGUAGAGAUGUUGAAAAAGCCCGGGCCAUCGCUGCCCCUAUACCAUGA